AUGGCUGAAUUCAAGCAUCCAGUUCACUCUGGGUUCUCGCGUAAACCCACUGCUCUUCCCGACCCUCACCGCCCAUACUGGGCUCGCAGCCAGGUUCAAUACGCGCAGGACCUGCUCGACUACUCGCCAGAGCCUAUUGAGUACGACGUCGACGACAAAGACUACUGGGACAACCACUUUUUCUUCCCAGAAGACUGCUCCUGGUCCCCGCCCAAAGGUUGGGAGCUUGACGAGAACAGCUCCGAAGAAGAUAUUGCCGUCGGAGAGUGCUACGACCACCACGACGUGGACGACGACACCAUGAUCCCCGGUCUACCUGAUAUCAAAAUGCUCGACGCGGAGGCCCUCUCCGAUCUACUAGAGGACAACCUUUCGCCACCAGAGAUCACCUCCAUCUUCGUCUUCGCCACCAACGGCGCGAUCUUUGCCUACGCCUCUUCCCUUCCCUCCCGCCAACUCCGCAACCUAAGCGCCACCUACGGAGCCGCAUACACUUGCUAUGCUAAGACCGCCUCGAGCGGUAACCUCACCGGCGUCAACCCCGCCAGCCACCCUUCGUCCUACGUCACAGCGCAGUCCGUCUCACUGGGCGACGUAGGCUCGAUCGUCUUCGAGCUCGACGAUCUCGUCGCCGUUGUGACCAAGAUCGCAGACAAGGUCCUCCUUGCCGCCGUCGGGCCGUCAACGGUCAAGGACGUCGCUUCAGAGGAUAACCAGCACAUUUCCUCCUCAACCGCCAACUCAAAUAUUCCACCCGACUCUGCGCCUGAAGGCUUCGCCGCAGAUCCAACAAGCACAUCCGUCACCGCAUCAACACCAACACCAACCGCACACUCUCACUCCCAGACACCAACAAACGGCACAGCAAACGGAUCCGCCACACCAAAACCGCAAGCGCAAACACAAUGCGAAUACAUGACCGAAGCUCAACUUGAAUCCCAAUACGAAGUCGACCGCUCGCGGGACCUCGAGCGCCUCGCGAGCCUUAACCUCUCAACGCCGCCGUCGAUCCUACUUGCGCUAGAGUCGAAGUCCGCGGCGCUGGGUAGGUUCCUGAGUCAGAAGUUGGAGGACUUGGAGAGCCCAGAGGACUUUUAG